UCCUGUAAGGCAUGCCGCUUUGGAACAUUUCGCUUCAUCCCUCGAACCACCGCGAAGCACACGAUCGCACGUUGAUCCGCCCCAUUUUUGUUAUAUAUUCCGGGUCAUCUCCACAGAAGCAAUCUUAGCCGACUUCUACCAGACUUUAUUUGACGUGAUGUUGCUAAAAUACGCUGUCUGCACCACGCGCGUGCCUGCUUACGCUGUGACACGCCAGUUGUCGACCAUCGCGUCGCGAUCUGCGCUGCAUGUCCCUAAAGCUGCUGCGUAUGGCCUUUUCCAGCGACUGGCUGUGCCCGCAGCCAAAUUCUAUACGACAGCGGGAGCUGCCGCAGAAGUCAAGUCCGAAGAAGCAAAGCCGAAAGCUGCCAGAAAGACUGCGGAGAAGAAGGCUCCGAAGAAGGCUCCGAAGAAGAAGAAAGCUGUGAAGGCAGCUCCGAAGAGAAUCAAGAAACCGGUUGACAUGCCGCAUGGACCAAUGAGCCCUUAUAAUGUUUUCUUUCUGAAAUACAGAGCUGAGCAUCCGGAAGAAACCAACAACAUCAAGGCUCCCGAAUGCGCCCGUUUGGUUUCGCAAGCGUUUAAACAACUCUCGACUGCAGAGUUAGAGGAGCUAAAGAAAGAGGCCAAAGAACGUAGCAUUGAGACCAAAAAGAAGCUUGCAGAGUUUGCUCUCAAGCUUGGGCCGGCAGGAGUUGCGCUCGAAAACAAGCGUCGGCAACAGCGAGCUAAGAAGCUCAAUCUUGCUCAUACUGUAUAUCUGCAGGACCCUUUCAAGCCUAAGUAUGGCGCUCUGUCAGGCCCCACGGUCUUCUUGGCCGAGACUGUUAAACUUCCUGAGUACGCCAACUUACCAAUCUCGGAGCGCUUCAAGACUGUAGCAGCUAUCUACAAAAGUCUAUCGGAGGACCAGAAGUUGCCGUAUGUAAACCGUGCCCUAGCCAAUCGUGAGAAAUAUCACGCUGAGAAACAGGCAUACGAGAAGCUCCUCAAGGAGGAUCAGACGAGUUCAGCUGCGCGCUAACGGAGCAGAUAGCGGCUCUAUCGUUGGCGAUGACAUUGCUUUAGUUUUUAUAUUUUAUUUGACCGCUUGUUAUUCCUCGUUUGGUAUCGAUAGAGAGGCUGGCAGAUUAUCACUGGCUUUAUUCAUUUCCUGAGAUGAUGUUCUGCGUGUAUUUUAUUAGCGUCGGGACUUGU